GCUCCAAAAUGGAAGUAACACGGGGUUAUCUAAAAGCGUUCAAUAGAGAAAAGCGAAUUCUAAAAAUAUUUGGAAUAUAUCCACUUGAGAAAAUGCAAUUGAAAUAUCUACGAUUCAUCGUGUGUUUUACCAUAAAUUUUAUACAGUUGGCUCUAAUUAUGAUACUUCUAGUAGUGAACGACAUUGAGAACUUUAUGGAAGCCUUGCAUUUUAUGACAAUUACGAUAACUGUAUUGUCUAAGAUAUCUCGUCUAUUUAUGGCUGCGAAAGAUAUGAAAGACAUAGAAAAUUAUUUGGCCAAUUUCGAGACAUCAAAAAUCCCACAUGGUAUAGUUGGUUAUGUUAUUGAUGAAGCAUAUUUCAGGGAUCGGUUCUAUCUACCACAAUGGACUUUGAUAACAUUUUUGACGUUACUCCAGCUUGCCACCUGUCUCAUUUUUCAUAAUCAGAGACUAGUAUUCAUCGUUAGUUGGUUUCCAUUCGAUCUUCAAAAACCGGAGUUUUAUUUUCCCACAGUUAUUUUCCAAAUAAUCGUUUUAAUUUUUAAUGCUUUCCCUAAUAUUGCCAUUGAUACGACAUAUUAUGUCUUAGUUGAUAUAGCAUGCUGUGAAUUAGACAUUUUGAUGUACAAAUUAACAAAUUUGGAUCCAUCAAAAAAUACAAACGAUACAAUUAAAGAAUUGAAAGAGGAUGUUAUUUGUCAUCAAACGAUUUUAAGAUUCAUUCUCUGUGUACAAAACAAUGUAUUUGCCGGAUUAAUGUUUCUACAAUGUAUUGGAAGUAUAAUAACCAUAUGCGUAUUGGGAUUUCAAUUUACUACUACGUUUCAGAGGAAUUGGUUUAAUUUUGUACAGCACAUGGUAUAUGGUUCGUCUAUGAUUUUUCAAAUAUUCUGCUACACUUGGUUUGGAGAAAAGUUUACCAGAAAGAGUCAAGAAAUCACUCAGGCUUGUUAUAUGUCAAGAUGGAAUGAAUGUGAUAUUAGAAUUCAAAAAAUACUACUUAAUAUCAUGACACGAUCCAUAAAACCUUUAUAUUUGACUUCUUAUAUAUUCGAUUUGACGUUACAAACAUUUAUUAAGGUUUUGAAGUCCUCGUAUUCUUAUAUGGCUUUACUGAAUACCAUAUAUAGUCAAUAGAUUCAUGAUUUAUGUGGCAGUUUACACAGUCUACAACCUUAUAUAGUGACCAGGAAAACACCAAUAAACAUUUAGUUGAUUAGUUUUAUUGUGAUAGAAUGUCAAUCAAAUAUUAUUACUAGCUUGACAAUGAAAUAAAAAAUAAAAGCAUGU